AUGACGGUAAUACAGCAGGACAAACUCAGGAUCGCAGUCAUAGGCGCAGGCCCCGGCGGGUUGGCAGCGACCAUCAACCUCCUCCGACUACCUUUUGUCGAGCUCAGCGUAUUCGACCAGGCUACAGAGCUGCGUGAAGUCGGCGCUGGAAUCAGCAUCAACCAGAAUACGUGGCGACACUUGCAGCUGCUCGGUGCGGCAGAGGCUAUUGAGCAGUAUACAAAGCGAGGCGAUGGUACCAAGAUUGCCCUGGAGCAGAGGAACGGCAGAACGGGAGAACUGCUCAAGAGGACAUACCAAUCUGUCGACCCCAACAAACCCGCCCGGUCCCGUAUAGAACGCUACAAACUCCAACAAGCCCUCCUCCAACAGAUUCCCCAAGGCCUUAUCCAGCUCAACAAGAGACUGGAUUCUAUUGAUGAAUCGAACGAGGAAGGGGUGGUCUUGACGUUUAAGGAUGAGAGUGUAGAGGGGCCGUUUGGGUUGGUGGUGGGUGCUGAUGGGAUCCGAUCUGCGGUAAGACAACACACAUAUCCCUCCCACCGCCUAUCCUACACCGGCAAAACCGCCUUCCGAACCCUCAUCCCCGCCUCCGCCGUCGCCCACAUCCCCAACCUCCCCCCCGCAUCCACCUUCUGGCACACUGCCAAGACGCAUGUUUAUACGAAUUUUCUGGAUGGGGGGUUGUUUGAGAUUGCGACGAGGGCAGAGAUUGCGGAUGAUCCUGAGAAUGGGCGGGAAAAGGUUAGUUGGGGUCAGAAGGUUGGGAGGGAGGAUGUUGUUGGGUAUUACGUUAACUACUGCGAGACGAUCCGUCAAGUCAUCGCCGCCCCUACCGAAUGGCUCGAAUUCGCCAUGUUUGGCGGACCGAGGUUGGAGAGCGUCAUUUCAAAUGGAAGGAUAGCUUUGUUGGGCGAUGCUUCUCAUCCGCUGUCGGGCGCAUUUGGUUCAGGUGCAGCAUUCGCCUUUGAAGACGCCUACGUCCUCGCUCAAUCCCUGUCCCUCACCCACACCCACCGUCACCGGACCGACAGGGGUGAAGGGGCGAGCAAGGCUGCAGUCGGGGAAGCGUUGGAGUUGUAUGAUGGGGUGAGAUCGCCGCAUUACAAGAAUCUGGUACAUCCUCUUCCUCUUCCACGUCCUCCAGUCUCCAACUCAUCCCUCCUCCUCCUCCCACCAACUUUCAUUUUCCCAAAAGCCCUAGCUAAUAAGAAGGAACAGUAUUCAAUCCUCAACGCCUUCUCCCACAACACACACGCCACAGCAGCUUCCCACCCCCCAGGAGUGGACGAAGAUGCGUAUAUAGCAGAGACGACGCGGCGUAAUUGGUCGGCUGAGAAUGAGUGGAUUUAUACCUACGACGUCACCGACGUCUGGGCUGGAAAGGUUCGGGAACUAGAGCAGGAGAAAGAGGCGAAAGAGGUGGGAGAGUUGGGGCAGAAGGUGAAAGUGUUGAGCGUUGGGGAUGUGCCCAAGGAGAAUGUUUUCGCCACGCCGGUGGAAGCUUGA